CCCCGUGCCCGUCCCUCCCGCUCGGUCCGCCCGGAAGUCUCGGGCUGUGCCUCCCUUUCCCUCCCCCUCCCCGCCAACAUGGCCGCGAAGUCGGAUGGCCAGGCGGCCGCCGCGCCCCGCUGCUCCUCGCCCGCGCCGCUCCUGCGCCGGGAGGGCUCCGAGGGGGGCAGCCUGGCGCGGGGCUCGCGACGGGGCCCGGGCAGCCCCGCCGCCGCCCCGCCGCCGCCGCCGCCGCUGCCCGUGCCGGUGCCGGGGCCGCCGGGCCGCGCCUACAGCCUGCGGGACUGCUGCUGGGUGCUGGGCGCCCUGCUGGUCUUCUUCUCGGACGGCGCCAGCGACCUGUGGCUGGCGGCCGACUACUACCUGCGGGGCCAGUACUGGUGGUUCGGGCUGACGCUGCUCUUCGUGCUGCUGCCCUCGCUGGUGGUGCAGCUGCUGAGCUUCAGGUGGUUCGUCUACGACUUCCCCGCCGCGCCCGCCGCCUUCAGCACCAAGGACGGCGCCGCCGCCGGGGCCGCCGCCGCCGCCGCCGCCGCCGCCGCCGCCGGGGCCGGGCCCCGCCUGGGCUGCUGCCGCCUCUGCGUCUGGAUCCUGCAGGCCCUCAUCCAUCUCCUGCAGCUCGGCCAGGUCUGGAGGUACCUGCGAACCCUCUACCUGGGUCUCCAGAGCCGGUGGCAGUCCGAGCAUCGCCGGCGCCAUUUUUACUGGAGGAUGAUGUUUGAGAGUGCCGACAUCAGCAUGCUGCGCCUCCUGGAGACCUUUCUCAAGAGUGCCCCCCAGCUGGUGCUGCAGCUGAGUAUCAUGGUGCAACAGAACCGGAUUGAGCCGCUGCAGGGUCUCUCAGCUUCUGCCUCGCUGGUGUCGCUGGCUUGGACUCUGGCCUCUUACCAAAAGGUGCUGCGGGACUCCCGAGAAGACAAGAGGCCCAUGUCCUACAAAGGUGCGGUGGUCCAGAUCCUGUGGCACCUCUUCACCAUCGCCGCCCGAGCCAUUGCCUUUGCUGUCUUUGCUUCCGUGUUUCAGCUCUACUUCGGCAUCUUCAUUGUGACCCACUGGUGCAUUAUGACCUUCUGGAUCAUCCAAGGUGAGACGGACUUCUGCAUGUCCAAGUGGGAGGAGAUCAUCUACAACAUGGUGGUUGGGAUCAUCUACAUCUUCUGCUGGUUCAACGUCAAGGAAGGCCGUAGCCGUUGCCGCAUGUCCAUCUAUUACAUCAUCACACUGUCGGAGAACGCCGCCCUGACGGGCCUCUGGUACUGCUUCCGGGCACAACACGUGAUCUCCGAAUUCUAUGCCUUGAUCGUGGUCUGCGUGGUGGCCUCCAGCUUCGCUCUGGGAGUCUUCUUCAUGGUCAUCUAUUACUGCCUCUUGCAUCCCAACGGAACCAUUUUUGGGGCCCAGACCACAGGCUGCCUAUGUGGGGAGGAGUCCACCGCAGUCCCCAGGGGCGCGGGGCCCCCACCGGACGUGAUCACCAGCCCGCCACGCUCCUUGCCGAGGACUACAGGGGCAGAGAGGGAGGGGCUGCCCGGUGACAGAGACAGCUGCGGGCCAGUCUUUCAGGUCAGGCCCAGCAUGCCCCCCACUCCCGUUGCCCGGGCCGCACGGACAGAGGGGCCUGUCAUUCGCAUCGAUCUGCCACGGAAGAAAUACCCUGCCUGGGAUGCACAUUUCAUUGACAGGCGUCUUCGCAAGACCAUCCUGGCUCUCGAGUACACCUCCCCAGCUACGCCGCGCCUGCAGUAUCGCAGCAUGGGGGCGUCGCAGGAGCUGCUGGAGUACGAGACCACUGUGUGAGGUGGCCCGGAGGCCCCAUGACCUCUGGGCCCGGUGUGGAGGGACCCUUCCUGGGGCCCUGGCUGGACCUGGGUUCGAGCAGCCUGAGUGAGCAGGCCCUGGGGCUGUUGCAGUCCUUUCCGGGAGGGGCGGUGCGGGUGGCAGUC